UUGAACACUCUGUUACCAUUUAGGCUUUGAUGUGAAGACACGGUUACUUGGUUAACAAUAUUUUUCAAAUUUAAACAUAUUUUAAUAAGCUAAAUUUUUUUUCGACUCUUAACAGAGUUAAGUUAUUCUGUCAAAGUGGGUAAUAAUAUUUUAACAAUGUCCAGAGAAGAAAACAUUCCUGAUUUGGAAGAGGAAAUCCUCCUCCCCUACUCCCAUAUAAUUCAAGUGAAGAGCAAAGGAAUAAGAAACCGAAUAGCUGAGGCCUUUAACCAUUGGCUAAAGAUUCCUAAUGAGAAGAUGAAGGAGAUAAUUGAUAUUAUGGCAAUGUGCCAUAAUGGUACACUUAUUUUAGACGACAUACAAGAUGCCGUAGAUGUAAGGCGUGGAAUUCCCGCUGCCCAUAGCGUGUAUGGAGUUCCCAUGGCUUCCAAUACUGCCCUUCAUAUCAUUGUCCUGGCUAUGGAAAGGUGCUCUAAAUUUGGUCUAGAGGCACUGAAAGUGUUCAAUGAACAAGCACUCAAAAUAGUAAGAGGUCAAGGUAAAGAAAUAUAUUGGAGAGACAUGUUUGUCUGCCCCACAGAAGCUGAGUAUAGGAGGAUGACAGAACAAAAAACAGGAGGAAUGCUGAACAUAGCCGUUAGACUGAUGCAGAGCUUCAGUGAGGAUACUAAUGAUUAUACGGAUUUAGGGAAGAAAUUCGGAUACUAUUUUCAAUUAAUUGAUGACUACUGCAAUAUUGGACAAACUGAGAAGUUAGAAGAAUGCCCUGAUAAGGUGUUGCAAGAUUAUUACAUGGAUUUGACAGAAGGAAAGUUCACAAUACCUAUAAUACACGCAAUAAGAACCGGUAAAGGAGAGGCUGUUUCGAGUAUACUUAAACAGAAAACAACUAAUUUAGACUUAAAACGUUACUGCGUGUCUGUUUUGGAGGAUCUUGGCAGUUUGGAGUACACAGAAAAGCUUAUUCGAGACUUGGAAGCCCAUUUGCGAAGCGAAAUCCGUCGCCUCGGUGGUAACCCACUUAUGGAUGCAGUACUGGACCAAUAUCACGUUUAAACAGAAAUCUGUAUGGACUAUAGUAUCGUCAUAAUCGUGAUAAUAAUAAUU